AAAAAGAUAUUAAUAAAAAAUCCAACUCUCUGCCUCCCUCUUUCAUCAUCUAUUCACCAUUUUCUUCUUCCAAAGUUUUCUCCAUACUUCCACUUAACUUUCAUUUCAUCAUUCCAUUUCUAGGGUUUAUAAACUCCAUUCAUGACACCCUAAAUCCACCACAACCUCCAUCGCCAUCGCCAUCGCCAUGGAAGCUCGCAGUCAAACUAAUGCCACCGCAGACGGUGGCGGUGGUGCCGCCGUUCCACCGCCUGCGCCGCUUCCGAUUUCAACCGUCAAUGCUCCGCCACCGUUCUUGGUGAAAACUUACGAUAUGGUGGAUGAUCCUGCUACCGAUAAAGUUGUUUCCUGGACCUCUUCCAAUAACAGCUUCGUUGUUUGGGAUCCACCGGAGUUUGCUAGAGAUCUGUUGCCGAAAUACUUUAAGCAUAAUAAUUUCUCCAGCUUUGUUCGCCAGCUCAACACCUAUGGAUUUAGAAAAGUUGACCCAGAUCGUUGGGAAUUCGCAAACGAGGGAUUUUUAAGAGGUCAAAAACACUUGCUUAAAAAUAUCGUUCGCCGAAAAUCAACUUCGGGACACACCCAACCAGCUCAACAACCUCAUCAACAGACGUCCUCAGUGGGUGCAUGUGUCGAAGUCGGAAAAUUCGGUCUAGAGGAAGAAGUAGAGAGACUAAAAAGAGACAAAAACAUUCUAAUGCAAGAGCUCGUCAGGCUACGACAGCAACAACAAAGCACCGAUAAUCAAAUGCAGUCUAUGGUGCAACGUCUUCAGGGGAUGGAACAACGACAACAACAAAUGAUGUCGUUUUUAGCAAAAGCGGUCAACAGCCCCGGGUUUUUGGCUCAGUUUGUACAACAGCAAAACGAGAGCACCCGUUUAAUAACCGAAGGGAAUAAAAAACGAAGGUAUAAAGAAGACGGAGUCGUUUCAAAUUCAAACGAACAUUCGUCUAAUGGGCGGAUUGUUAGGUACCAACCCGCGAUGAAUGAUGCGGCUCAAGCAAUGCUUAAACAACUCAUGAAAUUAGAUAAUUCUUCAUCCCGUUUGAAUAGUUUUAGCUCGGGAGUUACUCUUCAAGAGGUCGCACCACCAGCUUCUGGUCAAUCUUAUUUACCGGCAGUGACAGGUGUACUUUCUGCACCUCUAGAAGCAAAUUCUGAAGUGACUGCAUCAGCAGUAACAGAUAUAGUUGACGGUCAGGAUUUUCCCGAUGUGCCUGAGCUCUCACAGUUGCAAGAAUUGGUGUCGGAUGCUAGCGUUGACAGUUACAUACACCCCGAAGUACAGAAUCCGCCCCCCCUUGACCCGAAUAUGGUUGAUGAAAAGCUAGCGUUGGAAAUCGGGAGUUUUUCUCCUGAUGCGGAUGUAGAAUGGGAUAGUAAUUUGCUGACGGAAAUGGAGAAGUAUCUGACCGCAUACGACCCGUCGUGGGAGCAGUUUCUUGAGCAGAGUCCGGAGGCUAACACAAACGAUGAAAUGGACUCUGGGCCGGUGGAUGAUGACGUCAUAAUGGGAAGUGAAAUGAAGUCGUCAGAAACCGAGUGUUCGAGGUCUCAAAUGCAGCAGCUCACUAAACAAAUGGGGCUUCUUUCUUCAGAUACUAGAAACACUUGAUAUACAAUUGUUCCAUGCGUAUAAGUAAUUUUAGACAUGCAUCUUGUCUUUUUGAAGAGAAAUAACAUAUGUGAGUUAUGUUGACUUUGACCCUUUGAAUAUGUCAGCUGUUUGAUGCAAUCCAUUACAUGUAGAUAAUUUCAUCA